UGUUACAGAAUCCAGUGUUUUGUUUCUGGGACUCCAAAGUUGUCCAGAUAUGACUUUCUCCAUAUGUAUUAAAGCAUUUGCAUUCUCCAUUUUUCCCUUUCUCCUGCUCUCUGAACCUUGUUUGAGCAUUACCUUGCCUGUUCCUCCAGAGGACUGCCACCCCAUCUAGAAUAACUGGCUGUUUGAAUGAUGUCUGUGAUGCAUGAAAUACUUGCAAAGCUUGCCACACGCUGUGUUGUGCUGAAGUUGUACAGUUUAACGAUGUAAAUUGGUAGGAAUCUGGGUUUAGAAACGGAAAAAUGUGUUAGACUGAAAUAAAGAGAGCACCCAAGCUCCUUCCGUGGAGACAGAAUUCUUCCUGCAGAUAUUCUUUCCGAGAAAGCCCUGGCAAGAAAUUUAAAAAUUCUGCGUCUAAAUGUGUCACUGUGUCCCCUGUCUGAAUCAAUGUCGGGUGGUUAGGGUUCCUGAGCCGGAGGUGCAGCCGGGAGUGUAUUCAUAGCCAUGACCGCGCAGUCGCCAUUGUCCUAUGCCUGUGCGGUUUCUCCUGCUGAGGGAUGAGGCUCCGUCCUCCUGGGCUGUGCCCCGUCUUUCGGCUGCCCCGGUUAAGGCCGCGUUCCGUUGCUGGCCCCGGCUGUCUCGCUGCCUUCGGGAUCGCGGGCCGGGCCGAGCGGCAGCGCGGGCUGCGGGCGGCGGCGGCUGCAGUCCCAGCGCGAACCGCUGGGUGGUGCCCUCGGCCAAGGCGGCGCCGAGCGGCUGCGGCAGCGGAGGCGGCCGAGCCCGGAGCGGCACAGCCCGAGCAAGCUCAGACCAGACCAGCUCAGUUCAUUUCAGUUCUGUCCAGCCCAGCUCAGUUCAGCUUAGACCAGCCCAGCUCCGCCGAGAGGAGGUGGCACCGGCUGCGGCAGCAAGCGCUGCCCCGUGUCACCCGCUGCCGGCACACCCCGGCUGCGUUCCGGACCGCCGGCCGGAAUCUCAGACAGCGAGGGAAGGCGCCCGGCCCGCACUGCGCCGCUCUCCGCCCGGAAUCGCCCGGGACACCCGCCGGGACACCGACACCGACACCGGCCGCCGCCGCCGCCGCCGCGCCAUGGCGCUCGCAAGGCAAGUGCUUUGUGUUUGUGCUUUCCUGGGGCUGCCGCUCGCUCGCGCCGAGCCCAUCCGCUACUCCGUGGCCGAGGAGGCGGAAAGCGGCUCCCUGGUGGGCGAGCUGGCGGAGGACGCGGGGCUGACGCCGGCGCAGCUCUCGGCUCGCCGCGCCCGCCUGGUCUCGGAGGACGGCCGGCAGCAUUUGCGCUUCGAGCGCGCCUCCGGCCGCCUCGUCGUGGCGGGGAGGCUGGACCGGGAGGAGCUGUGCGCCCAGUCCGACACCUGCAUGCUCCCCUUCGAGCUGCUGCUCUCCAACCCCCUGCAGUUCUUUCGGGUCGAGGUGACUGUGAAGGAUAUCAAUGACCAUUCUCCCGUCUUCCCAGAGGAACGAGUCACUUUUGACAUCCUGGAGAGGAGUGACCCAGGUUCUAGUUUCCCACUGGAAGUAGCUUGGGACCUGGAUAUUGGCAGCAACACAGUUCAGAAAUACAGUAUUUCUCCCGAGAAUGAGCAUUUCAGUAUCUCCUAUGGGACUCGUAGUACAGGGAAGAAGUAUCUUGAGCUGGUCCUGGAAAAGCCAGUAGACAGAGAAGAGCAGGAAGAGAUGGCUUUCAGUGUUAUUGCUGUGGAUGGUGGCAUUCCUCCCAGAAGUGGGACCACCCAAGUGAAAAUCGUCAUUCUAGAUGUGAAUGACAAUGCUCCCAUCUUCACACAGGAGUUGUACACUGCAAAGGUUUUGGAGAACAUGCCAGAAGGCUCUGUGGUACUGACUGUGCUGGCAACUGAUCCAGAUGCAGGAGUUAAUGGGGACAUCACCUAUCAACUCAGCCAGGCAGUGAGACAGGGUGACUCAGCAUUUGUGAUUGAUCACAUAACUGGUGAAAUUAAACUCACAAAACCCUUGGACUUUGAGGCAGCACAAAUGCAUGAGCUCAGUGUGAGGGCCAGAGAUGGGGGGGGGCUGUCAGCAAUCUGCAAGGUGUUGGUGGAGGUGGUGGAUGUGAAUGACAAUGCCCCAGAGCUGGUGGUCAGUUCCUUCAGCAGUCCCCUCCCUGAGAACACAGUGCCCGGCACGGUGGUUGCCCUGUUUACGGUCAGGGACCGGGAUUCUGGUGCCAACGGGAAGAUCUCCUGUGCCCUGCAGGAUCAGCUCUUCUUCUCCCUGCGGCCAGCCUAUAAGAAUUACUAUGAGCUGGUGACAGUGAGCGCGCUGGACCGCGAGGAGACGCCUCAGUACAUCCUCAGUGUGACGGCAGCAGAUGCGGGCUCGCCUCCUCUCACCACCACGCAGACCUUCACCGUGGACAUCUCCGACGUCAAUGACAAUGCCCCCGUCUUCAACCAGACCUCCUACACCAUGUACGUGCGUGAGAACAACGUCCCCACGGUGUUUGUUGGAGCCGUGAGCGCUGCAGAUGCUGACGUGGGGCUGAAUGCCAAGGUGACCUAUUCCCUGGCAGCAGAGCAAGGGCCAGAGCGGCCCUGGUGCUCCUGCAUCUCGGUCAACUCUGAGAAUGGACACGUGUUUGUGCUGCGGCCCCUGGACUACGAGCACUUGAGGCAGACCGAGGUGACGGUCAGUGCCUCUGACGCGGGCUCUCCUCCGCUCAGAGCCAACGUCACCGUCCGCCUUGUGGUGCUGGACGAGAACGACAACGCACCGCUCGUGCUCUACCCGGCCCAGGAGAGCAGCCCGGCCUCCAGUGAGCUGGUGCCCGUGUCGGCUGAGGCGGGCUACCUCAUCAGCAAAGUGGUGGCCGUCGAUGCCGACUCGGGACAGAACUCCUGGCUCUCCUACCACCUGCUCAGGGCCACCGACCCAGGCCUGUUUUCCGUGGGCCUCCAGAGCGGUGAGGUGCGUCUCAGGAGGCCCGUGACAGAGAGAGACAGCGUCAAGCAGAAGCUCCUUGUGCUGGUCAGAGACAACGGCAAGCCCCCGCUGUCAGCCACGGCAGCUCUCAGCGCUCUCCUGCUCAAGGACUUCUCCGACGUGCGCCUCCCGCACAGCAGCCCGGCCUCCGAGGAUCAGGCCGCCUCCCUGACCACCUAUUUAAUCAUUGCCUUGGUCUUUGUCUCCCUCCUCUUCCUCAUCUCCACCGCAGUGCUGGUGGCUCGCAAGGUGUGCAGGAGGAAGGAGCUGAAGGCUGGCCAUGUGCUCUAUGCUGCCGACACCUUGCAGAGCGGCCUGGCUGAUGCAGCCGCUGCAGGGACCCUGCCCCGCGCCUAUUGCUACGAGAUCAGCCUCACCACGGGCUCGGGCAACAGCGAGUUCAGAUUCCUCAAGCCCAUCCUGCCCAGCCUGCCCCCACAGCACUGCGCCGUGGGCCAGGGCCCCGAGGAGGAACAGGAUUUCUCUGGUGUCCCUGUCAGCACAGAGGACAUGGCCCCAGACAAUGCUGGCACUCUCUCUGCAGGACAGUUCAAUGCUCUUCCCUUCAACUAGCUGGGGUCUGCACAGACUGAGGCUUCAUGGCUCUUGGGAGGAGGGGAUCCAGGCUGCAGCAUGUGGCUGUGAUUUCUCCAGAGAUAAUAUGUUCCAAAUCGGCAUAGCCAAUUUCCUGCAAGUUCCAAGUCAAUGUAAAAUUUGUCUUGCUCUCCAAAUACACAAAUAAGGAAAAAAUGAUGCUGUGAUUCUCUCCCUCAGAUAAUAGUAUAUUUCUCCUCUCUCAGAGCCCUUUCUCUUAGGCUUUAAUAAUGCACUCCCAGCUUUGCUCUUCUCUCUCUUGCUGUCAGAGCAGACCUUGGGCUUCUUAUUCUUUUUAUAGCUCAGUGGCAAAGUUACACAGACAAAUCUCACACUGGCUCAAAUAACACAAAGCCAUUUUUCCCAGAAAAGCAAUGCAGUUCUCAUCAUUGUAUCAUGAUCUUCUCUUAGCCAAUGGAUUUUUCAUUCUGGGAUUCUGGAUGUCUUUGUCUGCAAUGUGAGGGCUCUGUGGGUUGUGCUGUUUCUCAGUAUACCCGUCUGUAUGGCCAUUUUGCAUUUGCAGAUGCUUCACUGCUUCUGCCCAGUCAAACAGUGAAUUUGUCCUAUCCAGCCAUUGCAAUGCUGACUAUUCCAGCUCUGCAGAUCAAAAGGCUAUUUUUAUCCUCUGAAUCCAGAGGUACCAACUUCUCAAAGGCAGGGUGCAGGAAAAUGCACAACAAAAUCUUCCUUUGGUCCAUGUAUGGGUUUGGUGUUCUGUCCCACUCAGAUUGUCUUGAAAAUACAGCAGCAGGAGAUAUCUUAGGGUAGGCUGUAACUGUAGAGAGUCAUGAACACUAAUUGAUUAUCUUUGUGUGCAUAGAAGUGUCACAUGUCCGUCAAAGAGAAUUUUCUGAAGUUAGAACCAAGAAGGACUUGACAACAGGACUUUGAAUUUUGUUUCUCGUUCUUGUUUCUGAAUUCAGUUCUUUCUUUUUGGGAGAAGAAGGAUGUUCCUACAGGAUUAUCUCUUUUUCUGCUAGAGGGUUUGCAUUCCCAUUUUUGCCCUUUCAUGUUCUCCUCUCUGAAAUGUACUGAGCAUUAUUCUGCUCUAGAGAAGGACGGCCACCCCAUCUAGAAUACCUGGUUGUUUGAAUAAUGUCUGUCAUGCAUGGAAUAGUCAGAAAGACACCCUCAUGCUGUAUUCUGCUGAUGUUAUAGAGAUUAACGUUGUAAAGUGAUACACCUCUGAGUUUAACGAUUUUAAAAAUUUUGUUAGACUGAAAUAAAGGGAAGAUCCUAACUCCAUUCGUGGAGACAGAAGUCUUUGUGGAGUCAUUCUUUCUGGGAAAGCUCCGUCAAAGGCUUCCCCAAAUUCUGCGAGUCUUUUCUCACUAUGUCCCUUGACUGAAGCAAUGUUGGGUGGGUAGAAUUCCUGACUGAAUAUGCAGGCGGAGAGUGUUCAUUUGCAUGCCAGUGCUGUCACCGUCGCCCUAUCACAGUGCGAUUUUUCCGUUCGUGGAAUGCAGCGUGGCCGUUGUGGGCUGUGCCUCGUCUUUCGGCUGCCCCGGUUAAGGCCGCGUU